UUAAUGAAAUGUGUUCUUUAUAUUACAGAUAGUGAAUUUUAAACUUCUUAACAAAUACUGAAGAGAAAUAAAUGUUGUUUAUUUGCACGUUGCUUUGUGUGUUUGUGGCGUGUGAUGUCACUUAUGCAAAAGAUACGAGUAUCACCGGAUCGCACUGGAUAGUUGUUCCGGACAGAUACACCCCUGGGGUGCCGAUUCCGCUGACGUUUAAUUUCUACAACAUUUCCGGGGUUGAUGUCGAUGUACAAGUUGAUUUGAUACGUGAUGAUCAUCAUAGUGUGUCGACGCUUACUCAUACCUUCAAGGGAGCCAAAUCAGAACUAGUGCAAUUAAAGGUACCAGAUACUGGAGAUGAUCCGUAUAGGUACACUUUACUGAUAAACGGUCUAAAUGGGUUAUUCUUCCAACAACAUGCCAUUCUUUUAUACGACUCUGGUGUAAUACCAGAAAUGUUCGCAAUUCACAUACAGACGGACAAAGGAAUAUACAAACCAGGACAGACAG